AGGCCUAUGGCGGGAACGGGAAGUGAUCCGCAGAGACAACUCUUGAGCCUCAUCAGAAAUUUCGCCACAGAGAAAUCUCAAGGAGAACGAAGAGUGGUUAAUCUGAGAAAGCAGAUCGAGAAGCUUAUAUCCGAUUUGAGCGUGGCUAAUGCUGAGCUUGAAAAUGCGAAGCGCUGCAAAGAACUCAUCGAACAGGAGCUUAAAGGCUUUGAAGUUCAAUUGUUCUUGAGUGAAGCUUCGGCUCAAACGCUAGAGGCGAGGGUAUCAUUAAUUCAAGAUGAGAUAUCUGCUGUGGGAACUGAUUUGGAAACUGUCAAGAAUGAAGAAGCAGCUUUACGUGAGCAAUUCAUCCACAACAUGAUUGAUCUGAAUGUGAAGAUAAGGAAAUUUCAAGAGAGCAUCAUUACUUGCGACAUUGAUGCUGUAGAUUGUGCAACUUCUAGAGAUGCACCACUAGUUUGUCUGGAAGAGGAUGAUGCUGGAAUUGCUUUAAGGGCCCUUGAAAGUAUGCUUUCUGCGAUAAUUUCUCAAACAACUAAAGAGGAUGAGGAAUACCAAGCAGAGCAAAUUUUUUAUGAGAACGUCCAGCACGAACUGAUUGAUUGUGAAAGAAAGGUGUCUUUAAUGAAUAUGAUAGUCACAGAAACAAAAGCAUUGCAGGAUCUAACCUUGCAGUCUUCUAAAUUAGAAGCAACAUACAGCUCACUUGGUGAGGAACUUCAAAGAAGAUGCAUGUGUCCUAGUUGUCAUCUGGACCAUUUGGAGGCUGUCAGUGAACUUCUUCUGGCAGACAAGGAGAACUGAUGUGAUGUAAGUGGUCCACUUCUUGACCAAUCAUUAAGAAUGUUGAUAUCAUCGCAUUGUAAUGAUACUGAACAUUGGUCAUAUUGUGUGGUUUAAACCAGCCUUGCAUUCUAGCUAAUAAGACGAAUAUAAAUACCUGUUUUUGUAUAGAAAUAGAAAACAAAAAAAAUGGAA